AUGAAGGAAUCAUCAUCUGACACUGAUAGCAUCAUGACUGAAAAUGAACAUCAUGAUAGGGAUGUGGGAAAUCCAAAUAGAACACUUAGAGAAUAUUUGUAUCCUGUUAGGAGCACCACUCCAUCAUGCAUCAUUACACCUUUGAAUGCUCAUAAUUUCAAUUUUAAAUCUGGAAUGAUAUCAUUAUUGCCUCAUUUUCAUGGGAUGGAUUCUGAAAAUCCCUACUUGCACCUCAAGGAGUUUGAGGAAUCUUCAUCUUCUUCAGAAGCAAAUGUCAAGACUUGCAAGGCCGUAAUAACUCUCCGUAGUGGCAAAGAAGUUGAUGCAUUGGGUAAUGAAGCUGGGAAGAAAGGUGAAAGUUUUAUUUCCAAUACACAAGGUAAAAAUUCUAAUGUUGAUGUUUGUUUGGAACCAAAGGUAACUCCUCUGGCACCCUUUUCUCAAAGAUUGGUUCCUUUACAUAAAGAUAAACAUCAUGCUGAGAUUUUAGACAUUUUUAGACAAGUGCGCAUUAACAUUCCUCUUCUUGAUGCCAUUGAGCAAAUCCCCACAUAUGCCAAAUUUUUGAAAGAUUUGUGUACGGUUAAAAGAAGACUUAAUGUGCAAAAGAAGGCAUUUCUCAUGGAACAAGUCAGUGCCAUUAUCCAAUCCAAUACUCCUCCUAAAUAUAAAGAUCCAGGUUCUCCAACAAUAGCUUGUGUUAUAGAAAGGUCCAAAAUAGGCCAAGCACUACUAGACUUAGGUUCUAGUGUCAAUUUGCUUCCUUAUAACACCUAUGAACAACUUGGUUUAGGAGAGUUGAAACCAACUUCUAUCAUCUUGCAAUUGGCCGACCAUUCAAUUAAAAAGCCUAGGGGAGUGGUAGAAGAUGUGUUGGUGCAAGUGGAUAAAUUUUAUUAUCCUGUUGAUUUUGUAGUAUUAGAUGUUCAAUUAACUCCUCACUUUGCUUUUCAGGCACCCGUCAUUUUAGGGAGGCCAUUUUUGGCUACUUCCAAUGCUCUGAUAAAUUGUCGAAGUGGCAUCCUAAAAUUGACUUUUGGAAUAUGA